GACGGGUCUUGCACCUGCUCGACCAGAUAACGGAGGGUCGAAUGGUGCUGCGUGCACGAUGCAGAUGCGCAACCUACCAGCUUGGUACCGAUGGCAUGAGACGCAGCUGUGAAUGCAGGUGCUUGAGGCAUUUCCGGCAUGCAGCCCUCUUAAGGUUGUCGAUGUUCAUGAACAACGCUAUGCGCAAGGGGCUUAGCCGGGUCCGCGUGCGAGACAGGCUCCGCUUGCUCCUUCCUCGUCUUCCGCUUCAGCAGCUGCUCAGAAGUUUCCCUUCCGCCACUCUGUCGUCCAUUUGGAUGUCACCCAUCUAAUCCGCCCCAUCUUCUCUUCCGCUUCUUCAUCAUGUUGCGCACAACGUUGCGACAAUGCUCCCGGCAGCUGCAGAGCUGUUCGGCAAAAGCAAGGCUCUCGACGGUCGCCGCCUCGCCAGCCAGGACGAAUGUCAUCACGACCUGCCGUCGCCCGUUGGCGAAAGCUCAGCGUCGCCACUAUGCCCUCGCCGCAGAGGAGACUGACAAGGGCGUUGUACGU